AUGAAUUUUCUUCUCUCCGUUCUCUUUUCUCUUUUCACUUUCUUCUCCUUCAACCUUGUUCCCUCCUUUGCCUCACAACCUUCUUACCAAGAACACUGUGUCUCCACAGUUCUUGACUCCACCCCCACCACCAAACUCAGCCUCAACUUUUUCCCUCUUGGUGGUGAGAACACUGGUUUCUACACAGGAGGUGGUAACAUCAUUGAUGUUGCUGCUUCUUGGAACCGCUUCUCCUUUUACCUCUCAAAAAGGAGCACACGUGCAACUCAAACGCCAAACGUUUUCAAGCUCCAAGGCACAGUAUCAUUUAGAAGCGCUAACACAUUCAGUGAUGGUUCAUAUUAUUUGGGUCAACGGCGUUACCGUAGAGGUUACGUAACGUUCAAGCUUGAAGGGUUUUGGAAUGAACCUUCAGGGAAGAUUUGCAUGGUGGGGACUGGUAGUGGUUACUCCAAAACAGGUGACUCUCUCAACGUGGAUGCUGUUUUUAAGCUUAAUGAUGUGUUCAAUGUAAGUAAUAUCACUAGCUUGGUUAGUGGAAGUUUGGAGAGCUUGAGUUCUGAAAAGGGUGAUAACUACUUUAAACCCAUUUCCGUGUUGAUGUUUCCAAAAGAAAAGUACAAUUAUACCCUGGAUUCUAUAGAAGUUGCCAAUGAGUUUUCUGAUGGGAGUGAGCAAGGAUUAGCAUUGAAUUUAGAUUCAUUUAGUUUUUGCAAGUCUCCUCUCUCUUGGGAGCUUACAAGACUCCAAUUAGAGUACUCUGUUCAGUGCCAUUCUUCUAAGAAAUGCAGUAUAAGUGGGAGUUCUGGUAAACUUCCUUCUCUACUGUCUUUGACAAGCAUUGGAUGUUCUCUUAAUAAUAAGAAACAUAGGUUGAGGGUUCUGGUGGAAUUUUCAGAUAUUAGUAAUUAUGGGAUUAACCAGAGUUUUGAUUACAAAACUAUGUUAGUAGGGGAAGGAUGGUGGGAUGAGAGUAACAACAUGUUGUGUGUGGUUGCUUGCCAUAUCAUGGGCAAGUCGUCGUCCUUAGUUGGCACUCAUGUGGGUGAUUGCUCAGUAAGACUAAGAUUGAGAUUCCCCUCAAUUUGGUCAAUAAAAAACACUAGUAGUAUAAUGGGCCAAAUUUGGAGCAAUAAGAGUGCAAGUGAUUCGGGAUAUUUUAAGAUGGUAACAUUUAGAAAUGAUGAGGGUCGUGGGAUGGGAGGUCAUGGCUUAAAGUAUGAGUUUAGCCAGCUAGAAAAGGUUCAAAAAUCAUGUCUAAGCCCAACACACAAGCCUAAUGACAAGGGUAAAAGAUAUCCAGAGGCCGAUUCUCAUAACAUGAGAUUUGAUAUGUCACUUAAAGAGUCCAUGAAAAGAGUAGCUUGGGGUUAUUCAGAACCGUUAGCUGUUGAUGAUGAAAUCUCUGAGUUUGGCCAAUACACAUCAUCUGAUUCUUUCUCAAGAUUCCCAAAUGAAGUUCCUGAUGGAACCCUUGACAUCAACCAUGGUAGCUUGUUUAACAUGAGCUACAAGAUUAGCCUCUUCGUGUUGUCUCAUUCAAAGUUAGGUUACAACAAUUCUGUGUUUAAUAUGUCCUCUGGGAGAGUGAAGAUCACUGCAGAAGGAGUUUAUGACGCUGGAGAAGGAACCUUGUGUAUGGUAGGUUGUCGUGACCUUAUCCCAAUCCAAAAAACUGAGACACCAGUUGCUCAUGAUGCAGAUUGUGAGAUUCUUCUGAAGUUUCAAUUCCCACCAUUGGACUCUAGUGAUAGAAGCUACAUUAAGGGAAGUAUUGAAAGCAGACGUAAAAAAUCUGAUCCUCUUUACUUCAAGCGUUUACACAUAUCUGCAGUUUCAUACAACAGGGAAGUGGGAAGAAGAAAUGUUUGGAGAAUGAAUAUGGAAGUGAUCAUGGCUCUGAUAUCUACAACUCUGGGAUGUGUUUUUGUGGGGUUGCAACUCUACAAGGUGAAGAGAGAACCAAAUGUGCUCCCCUUCAUCUCACUGAUUAUGAUGUCAAUUCUUACUUUGGGUCACAUGGUACCCCUUGUUCUGAACUUUGAAGCUCUUCUCAUUCAAAAUCCCAACAACAAACGGUGGGUAAGAAAUAAUGGAUGGCUUGAAGUUAAUGAAAUAAGUGUGAGGCUGGUCACCAUGGUGGCUUUCUUAAUGCAAUUCCGGCUUCUAUAUCUCACUUGGUCAGCAAGAAUGAGUGGUGAAAGCAAGGGCCUAUCGAUUUCUGAGAGGAAAACUGCUUAUGUCACUUUAUUCUUGUAUGCAGCAGGGUUAUUAUUGGCUGCAUUCUUGUUGAAGUUGAAGAAGAAUGAAGAUAAGGAUUCUGUGUAUAUCCCUAUGUACCAGCCUUCAUCUUGGGAGAACAUAAAAUCUUACGGUGGUUUGAUUUUGGAUGGUUUUCUCUUGCCACAAAUCAUUCUAAACCUGUUUUCAAAUAUGAGGGACAAUGUUCUUUCAUGUUCUUUUUACUUUGGAACUACUUUUGUGAGACUGUUGCCCCAUGCCUAUGAUCUUUACAGGACUCGGAUUGAUUCUCCCCUAGAUCGGCCAUACUACUACGCAGAUCCAAGUGAAGAUUUUUACUCAACCGCUUGGGAUAUUGCCAUUCCAUUGGGAGGUAUCCUAUUUGCUAUCAUUAUCUACUUGCAGCAACGUUUUGGUGCUCAUUUUAUUUUGCCUCAUAGAUUCAAAGUGUCUAAGGUAUAUGAAAAGGUGCCCGUUGUUAAUGAUCCAGAAGCAGAAGUAGAGACAACCACCAUGUAA